AUUAAUGACCACUUUAUUUUGGUUUCAAGGUGUGUUGGACUGUGUGCUGUGUGUUGAUUUAUUUGCUUACAAAAUAAGAAUUUGUUCUAAUAGAGGAAUUUGUUUACAAUAAAACGUAAAUUAAAUAUGCCAGAAGAUAAUUCGGAAACAUCAAAAAGUAAAAGACCUUCAGAUAGUGCAUUCAAGCAACAGCGGCUACCGGCGUGGCAGCCUAUUCUAACUGCCGGAACUGUUUUGCCCACGUUUUUCGUGAUAGGAAUCGCAUUUAUACCCGUUGGGAUUGGUCUGCUGUACUUUUCGGACGAAGUGAAAGAAAAAGUGAUCGAUUACACUUACUGUAAAAACACUGCGGGCUUUCAGUGCGCCGAUAUAAUCAGUAAAGAUCCUAAUGCAAAUUGUACGUGUCGUAUCACCUUCGAUUUAGAGACCGGAUUUCAGGGAAAAGUGUAUAUGUAUUAUGGAUUGAGCAACUUCUACCAGAAUCACAGGCGUUAUGUGAAGUCGAGGGAUGACAGCCAGCUGCUGGGUAGACUGAGUGAUCUUGUUUCGUCGGAUUGUGCACCAUUUGCGUACGAGUUCGAUAACAGUACAAACACACAAAAACCAAUUGCACCAUGUGGCGCUAUUGCUAAUUCGUUAUUUAGUGAUGUGCUGAUAUUAUAUAACGAAAAAGACGAGAAAGUGCCCUUAUUGAACAAGGGAAUAGCAUGGGACUCGGACAAACACAUCAAAUUUAGAAAUCCCGAAGCGCCGAACGGGCUGAAAGAGGCCUUUAAGGGAUUUUCGAAACCGAAGGCGUGGAAGAAGAACAUUUACGAGCUAGAUUUGGAGGACGAAACUAAUAACGGAUUUCAAAAUGAGGAUUUCAUCGUGUGGAUGAGAACUUCGGCUCUACCGACGUUUAGAAAGUUGUAUCGUAGAAUCAAUCACAGCGCGACCGGUUAUAAAGAUGGAUUGUAUCAGGGGAAGUAUACCUUGGUUGUCCAUUACUCAUACGAUGUAAAACCGUUUGAUGGUUCGAAGCGUAUGAUUUUGAGUACCACUUCUUUGCUGGGAGGAAAAAACCCUUUCCUUGGGAUUGCUUAUAUUGUAGUAGGGUGCAUUUGUUUGUUACUAGGCAUUACCUUACUCUUUAUCCAUAUAAAAUGUGGGAAAAGUACCAGUGAAAUGAUUAAUGUAAAUCCACGAACACCUUGGACGCCGUCGUGAGUUCUCAUUAAAAAACCAAAGUAGCAUACAUAGUUUGUCGGACUGUAACGCAGGUAUAUGUGCUUAAAGUUAAUUAAUCUUAAGUCGAUGUGAUUUCUAGUUAAUAACUAUUUAUAACUUUUGUAAGUAUUCGUUAACAGUUCUGUUCAAAUCUUUAAAUUUGGUUGUAAAUAAGUGAUAAAUUUUAUAAAUGUUUGACGUAUUAUUUAUUACGUAAACUAGUAAAUAUGA